AUGUCCCUUCGCACCGUACUCCAGAAAAUCCUCUUCACCGUCCUGAUACCUCUCUCCGUCUCAUCGGCGCUUUGGCUCUAUCUAUAUCCCGUGCUCCAGGGAUGCGCGUUUCCUCUAGCGGUCGUCACCGCAGCCGAUGAACAGACGCGCGAAGGAUCUUGGUUGUCCAAUAGCGUUAUAAACACUCUCUAUCAGCAUGCGGCCGAUUGGAAUUUGACUGCGAAUGGAGAGAGGGACGAAGCAGCUUUAUUCCGUUUACUAGUUCUUGCCGAUCCGCAGAUUGAAGGCGAUAGUUCUCUUCCUUCGCCGGACGAUGAAUUUAUACCACGAUUAAGUCGGCAUUGGGAGAAUGUCCAGGCUUUCCUGUCUACGCCGGACGCUGCUACUAAUAUCAAAGAUACCGCACAAACGAUAUUUUUAGAGGAUAUACCCUUCGCUUUUCGUGCGGCUAGGAAACGGCUCGAUCUACUAGGGAAUGAUUAUUAUCUUGCACAUAUCUAUAGGACAUUGUCGUGGUGGAGUCGGCCGACGCAUGUCACUGUACUGGGGGAUUUAAUUGGUAGUCAAUGGGUGACGGAUGAAGAAUUCGAAAAUCGCGGCUGGAGAUUUUGGGAGCGCGUGUUUCGCGGCGGGCAGAGAGUUGAUGAUAAUAUUACCAUCACAGGAGAAAAGUCUUACGGAGAGGGUAGCAAGGAGGAAGAAUUGGAGAUUUUGCAACGUUAUAACUCUUCCUGGUCCAAAAGGAUAAUCAACAUUGCCGGAAACCAUGACAUCGGAUAUGCAGGCGACGUUUCGCGAGCACGACUAGAACGUUUCGAGCGAAUAUUUGGUCGCGCGAACUGGGAUAUCAGAUUUGCGCAUCCUCCUUUGACGAAUAAAAGCGAUACACGACCUACUCUCCACAUCAUCAAUUUGAAUGAUCUGACCCUUGACGGCCCUCCAUUGGAUCCAUCCAUCCAGUCCGAUAGCUAUACAUAUGUCAACGACCUCCUCACUCACCGCUCCUACCCCGUCGAAGACCAAACUUCAUUCACUCUCCUACUAACACACGUCCCCCUUCACAAACGCGAUGGCAUCUGCGUUGACGAACCGUAUUUCACAUUCUUCGACGAGGAUGAUACGCCCGAUAAUGAAAAUGAUCCGCUUCGAUGGCGGAAAGACGGGCUCCGGGAACAGAACCACUUGAGUGAACACGUCAGCACAAAUGCGAUUCUGCAAGGAAUAUUUGGUAUGAGUGGAGAUAGCGCCGCACCUGUCGCGGGUAAAGGGAGACGGGGGUUGAUUCUGACGGGACAUGAUCAUGAGGGGUGUGAUGUUGUGCAUUUCGUCAGGCGAAAUCACCACGAAACACCCCCAUCAGACCAUUCAGAGUCAGAAGGACAAGAACACACCAGAUCAUGGCAGUGGGAUGCGAGUCGUUACUCGCCAUCAUCUUCUCCAACUACAGAAUCUACAGAUCCCUCAAUCCGGGAAGUAACUCUGCGCUCAAUGAUGGGUGAAUACGGUGGCAACGCAGCCCUGUUAUCGAUAUGGUUCGACACGAAUCCGGAGGUGAACCAGUGGCGCUACGAAAUACAGAUGUGUCCGGCUGGAGUGCAGCAUAUCUGGUGGGCUGUUCAUGGAUUAACGGUUGCAUGCGUGAUUGGGUUGGGUGUUGUGGUUGGGUUGAAAGGGUUGGAGGUUCUUGGGGUUGUGUCUGAGCCUGUACUGAGGGGACGUGGUGCUAGGAUAGAAGCGAAGAGGCGCUGA